GAAGAAGAGAAGGUGACUGUAAAGCUCAGUGAACUGAAGCAACAUUUUACAGAACAGUGGCCCAAAAUUCCUCCACAAUGCUGAUGAUAUAGAAAACGAUCAGUACAACUUCUUGCUACUGAGGGUUGAUCUAAAAGCUGCUGAGUCAUGGUGGGAUGUACAAACUUUUCACAGGAGUACAUGCAGUCCUAUAAAGGUGUUCAUUGCACAUGACUACCUUAUCUUUCGUCACAUCUAAGUUUCUUCAAAAUGAACAAAUGUGCUUUUAAAACCUACACAGCACAUUUGAAACAUUUAAUGUAAAUAAUUACACAUAAUUGAUUUCUUGCCGAUCUCAUCAGCAUCAUUCUGAAACAAAUCACAAAGACCUAAUCACACACUCCUGCUCCCACGCACAGACCCCUGAGGCCAAGUUUCAUCAUUCAACUGUAAAUGCAACACAACCAAAUAUACGAGCUUUUAGAUUGCUGCUUCCCUCACUUUAAUGUUACUUAAUGUACUAACACAGACACAUAUAAAAGCUUUAGACUGUAAUGGGCUUCAGUGUAAUUUAGUUUUAUUAUGCACCUAUUGUGCGCAGUCAACCAUCGUUCCCUAACACGCGUCCCUCUGCGUGCCAGGGGUUCAGGUGUUUGCUGCUCCCCUCUGACUGAGAAACAUGAGCAGACAAGCAGACAGUCACCCAUCAACACACCCAGACCCGUACGCAGGGGACAAGGGACGAUUUAGAAACAGUCGCAGCGUUGUAAUAUUGCAUAGAGACUGUACAAGUUAUCACAUGCAGCUGCCAAUUAACUCCUGGCCGGUGGCGGUUUAUCUGCAGCACAGACUAAUGAACUGCUUGGUAUUUUCAUACAGAGAGCGCAGAGAUAAACGAAAUUAAAUGAUGGGAUGUUUCUAGGAGUUUGAGGCAGAUGUGUUGACGUGUUUGUUUUUUGUGAAUCUUUGGUGGACCCAAAGUCCAGAUUUUUUUCUUUAAAAGAGAUUUAAACCUGUUUGCAGCCCUUGGAUUUGAAGCACGCCUACUUUAUUAUUAUUGUUACAUUAUUAAUGACAAAUUGGCAUAAAGCUUGUGUGUUUAAUCAAAAUUUAAAAGGCCUUGUCCGUGUUUCAUAUUGAGAAAAUACUGCUCAUUUCAACUCGGGGCCCUCCUCUUCUCUUUUGCUCUGCUGAAUCUGUAAGGUUGCCUCGUGCAGCACUUUUCCCCAGAGAGCAGAUAAGACACCUGUCGAACAUUUCUGCUUCCAUUUGCUGUCUACAGCUACUAGAGCUCACAACCCCUGUCUGCGUCUACACAGCAUGGACAUCAAACUCUUUUCCCUUGGAUUGUGUGCCCUUUUCUGCAUCUUCAGACCUCUCUCGGCACAAUCUACAUGCAAGCUGAAGGCCAAGUUCAACCUGGGCGGCUAUAAGGAUGUAGAAAAGAAGACUGUCGUGGUUGGGGGAAUGUUUCCUGUUCACAAGCGCGUUGCUUCCAACAAGGGCAACACUUCGAGUGUGCCUCUCUCCUCAGGCUGUGUGGGGUUUAACUUUCGUACCUUCCGCUGGGCACAGACCAUGUUGUUUGCUAUCAAGGAAAUUAAUGCAAGGGACGACCUGCUUCCCAAAACUGACCUGGGUUACGUCAUCUACGACUCCUGCUUCACCAUCUCCAAGGCUGUGGAGGGCACCCUGACCUACCUGACAGGCCAAGACGAAGCUGUACCCAACUACCGCUGUGGCGAUGGAGCGCCGCUGGCUGCUCUAGUGGGAGCCGGGGGCUCGGAUCUGUCCAUCGCGACUGCCAGGAUCCUGGGACUUUAUCAUUUUCCGCAGGUCAGUUAUUGUUCGACAUGCUCUGCUCUGAAAAGUAAGUUCCAGUUCCCCACCUUCUUAAGGACCAUUCCCAAUGACGAGCACCAGUCUACGGCUAUGGCCAAGAUGGUGCUACACUUUGGUUGGACUUGGGUGGGCAGCAUAGCUGCUGAUGAUGAUUACGGCAAGUACGGCAUCAAAGACUUCAAGGACCAGGUUGAGCAAGCUGGCGUCUGCAUCUCCUUCUCUGAGACCUUGCCCAAGGUGCAUUCCCCAGAGGCCAUCCAGCGCAUUGUUCAAACUGUAAUUGACUCCACAGCCAAAAUCAUUGUGGUCUUUUCAUCUGACGUGGACCUCAGUCCUCUCAUCAGUGAGCUGCUCCGCAACAAUGUGACCAACCGUACCUGGAUCGCCAGCGAGGCCUGGAUUACCUCCGCUCUCAUCAGCCAGCCACCUGGGGUGAGCUCAAUCCUUGCCGGCACCCUGGGUUUUGGGGUGAAGAGGGCUGACAUCCCCGGUCUUCAGCAUCAUCUACUGAAUCUGGACCCCUAUGCAGACUUGCUCACUGAGGAAUUCUGGGAGACGCUGUUUAACUGCACGUUGGACUACAGCAAAGCUAUGAGAAUGGCAAAACAGAGGGCCACGUACGUGAACGGCACACUGUCCAGGACAGUGACAGGAUUGCCUGAUGGGCUGUGUACCGGGCAGGAGUCUGUGGCACAACUCAACAACACGUACUCUGACAUCUCUCAGUUACGAAUCACUUACAGCGUGUACAAAGCUGUGUAUGCUGUAGCCAACGCCUUGCACAACCUGGAGCACUGUGAACCCGGAAAAGGGCCGUUUGUCGGGAAAACCUGUGCUGACAUCAACAACUUUGAGCCGUGGCAGCUGAUGUAUUACGUGAAGAAUGUGCGUUUCAAAAUGCCAAACACAGGGGAGGAGAUCUUCUUUAACGACGGAGAUGUGGACGGCUUCUAUGACAUCAUCAACUGGCAGGUCAAUAAUAAUGGGGAGAUAUCUUAUGUCACUGUGGGGAACUACAACGGCUCUGCAGCUCCAGAGAACAGGAUGACCAUAAUGAACGACUCCAUCGUGUGGAACAAUGACAUGUUGGAGCCUCCUCGGUCAGUGUGCAGUGAGAACUGUCAGCCGGGCACCAGGAAGGGGAUUCGACAGGGAGAGCCGGUCUGCUGCUUUGACUGCAUUCCCUGUGCUGACGGAGAGAUCAGCAACACAACUGAUGCCCGUGAAUGCAUCCUGUGCACUGGCGAUUUCUGGUCCAAUGCGGCUCAUGACGCCUGUGUACCAAAACUCAUUGAGUUCCUGGCCUUUGGAGAACCACUGGGAAUUACUCUUAUUGCCAUUUCUGCCUUUGGAGCUUUAGUCACCAUCGCUGUCGGGGUAUUGUUUAUUAUGCACAUUGGCACCCCUCUGGUGAAAGCCAACGAUACACUGUUGAGUUUUUCACUGCUCUUCUCUCUGGUGGUGACCUUCCUCUGCUCCAUCGUCUUCCUCGGAGAGCCACAACACUGGAGCUGCAUGACCAGUCAAGUAGCCUUGGCUCUAGGAUUCGCCCUCUGCCUUUCCUCCAUAAUUGGUAAGGCAGCAGUAUUGAUGCUGAGAGCCCAGGUGCUGAAAGCUGCCCGAGCCCGAGCAAAAGCUGCUGCCAAAGCUGCAAAAGCUGCUGCAAGAGCAGCUGCUGAAGCAGCGGCGAAUGAUGGCAGUCCUGAUGUCAUCGUAACCAACACUCUCCACAAUGACACCAGUGCCCCUCCUAUCCCUGAGGUCGACCGUCUCACCCGUGCUCACCAGAGGGCAAUAGCUGCUGUAGCUACAUUAAUACAGGCUAUAGCGUGCACAGUGUGGCUCAUUGUCCUACCUCCACAACCCGUCAAGAACACCUCUGGUCAGAAUAUAAAGAUCAUUCUCGAGUGCGAUCAAGGCUCUGUGGUUUUCAUCUGUUGCAUCUUUGCUUAUGACAUCCUGCUGGCUCUGCUGGCCUUUAUCUUUGCCUUCAUAGCUCGCAAACUGGAGGACUACGUCAGUGAGGCAAAAUGUCUUACCUUCAGCAUGCUGGUCUUCUUCAUCGUGUGGAUCUCUUUUGUCCCGGCUUACCUCAGCACCCGUGGCAAGUUCAUGGUUGCCGUUCAGAUUUUUGCCAUCCUGGCUUCCAGCUUUGGCCUGCUAACCUGCAUCUUCUUGCCUAAGUGCUACAUCCUUUUGAUCAAACCUGAUCGCAAUAAGGAGGAGCUGAUGAAGCCCCGACCCAAACCUAAAGAUGGAACCUCAACUGGGACGUCAGCGUCUCUCGCUACGACUGCAACUGAGGCUACAAUUGCAACCACUGCUAUCGAUGACUAGUGGCGAAGUAAUAACUAAAGUUAGCCACAAAUGUAAAAAUAAUGUAGACAGAAGUUGUGCCACUGACUCAAUGAACAGCUGUUGCUGCUAAUUAGGCUUUCUAGUCAUGUUGAUCACAUCAUCAUGCUUGUUCUAUAAUUAAUGGGCAAAAUAUUUUAUUCUGAAAAAGAUAUAUAUAUUUCUUUUGGAUCCACAAGUAUUCAUGCAAAAUUAUGUACGUGUCUAAAUACCUAAAUAGACUGAAUGUGUGUACCUUCACAUGCAUUUCAAUAAGUGAUAUAUUAGAUAGACCAAAAACAGCUAUUUUGUAGAUAUAAUAACAAGUUCAGGCUGUUACUGUAAAACCUCUUUGAAUACCAUUUUCAAACACUUUGCAAUUUUUAAAAAGGAAAUGCAUACAAAUAGCUUCGUGUAAAAAACACAGAAAUGCAUGUAUAGUGCACCUCUGCUGGAUAA